UCUGCGGGGUGCUGGCCCAGCGGCCGCGGAACCUAGGCUCAGGGUGCUGGGGGUCCCUGGUGAGCGAGGGCCGCGCGGCCUUGCCGUGCGAUGGAACGGGCGAAGAUGGCGGAGGAGAGCCUGGAGACCGCCGCGGAGCACGAGCGGAUCCUGAGGGAGAUCGAGAGCACAGACACGGCCUGUAUCGGGCCCACGCUCAGGUCUGUUUAUGAUGGUGAGGAACAUGGACGAUUCAUGGAGAAGCUAGAAACUCGCAUCCGCAAUCAUGACCGAGAAAUUGAAAAAAUGUGCAACUUUCACUACCAAGGCUUUGUGGACUCUAUUACUGAACUCCUGAAAGUACGAGGGGAAGCCCAGAAACUCAAAAACCAGGUGACGGAUACUAAUAGAAAACUGCAACAUGAGGGCAAGGAACUGGUAAUAGCAAUGGAAGAGCUGAAGCAGUGUAGACUACAACAGAGGAAUAUUUCUGCAACUGUUGAUAAGUUAAUGCUGUGCCUUCCAGUCCUAGAGAUGUACAGCAAACUGAGGGAUCAGAUGAAAACCAAAAGGCAUUAUCCUGCACUGAAGACUCUGGAGCAUCUGGAACACACCUAUCUGCCUCAAGUGAGCCACUAUCGAUUCUGUAAGGUGAUGGUGGACAACAUCCCCAAGCUUCGGGAAGAGAUAAAGGAUGUUUCUAUGUCUGAUCUCAAAGACUUUCUGGAGAGCAUCCGCAAGCAUUCAGACAAAAUUGGAGAGACUGCUAUGAAACAAGCCCAACAGCAACGAAAUCUGGAUAACAUUGUCUUGCAACAGCCUAGAAUAGGUAGCAAGAGAAAAUCUAAGAAAGAUGUGUAUACAAUUUUUGAUGCAGAGAUGGAGAGCACAAGCCCAAAGUCUGAACAGGACUCAGGAAUUCUGGAUGUUGAAGACGAAGAAGAUGAUGAAGAGGUACCUGGGGCUCAAGACUUGGUGGAUUUCUCUCCUGUAUAUCGGUGUCUGCACAUAUAUUCUGUCCUGGGUGCCCGAGAAACGUUUGAAAAUUACUACCGAAAACAGAGGCGAAAACAGGCUCGUUUGGUGCUCCAGCCUCCGUCAAACAUGCAUGAAACUUUAGAUGGCUACAGGAAGUAUUUCAAUCAAAUUGUAGGCUUUUUUGUAGUUGAAGAUCACAUUUUGCAUACAACCCAAGGCUUAGUGAAUAGAGCCUACAUUGACGAGUUGUGGGAAAUGGCACUUUCAAAGACCAUCGCAGCAUUGCGCACCCACUCGUCCUACUGUUCUGAUCCAAACCUUGUGUUAGAUUUGAAGAACCUCAUUGUACUCUUUGCUGACACACUCCAGGUGUAUGGUUUUCCUGUGAAUCAACUUUUUGAUAUGCUUUUAGAAAUCAGAGACCAGUAUAGCGAGACUCUAUUGAAGAAGUGGGCAGGUGUUUUCAGAAACAUACUUGAUUCUGACAACUAUAGUCCCAUACCAGUAACGAGUGAAGAGACAUAUAAGAAGGUUGUAGGACAAUUUCCAUUUCAAGAUACAGAACUGGAAAAGCAGCCAUUUCCCAAAAAGUUUCCUUUCUCUGAAUUUGUGCCAAAAGUUUACAACCAGAUUAAAGAAUUUAUCUACGCCUGCCUGAAGUUUUCAGAAGAUCUUCAUCUAAGCUCCACUGAAGUUGAUGACAUGAUCCGUAAGUCCACAAACCUGUUACUGACCAGGACUCUGAGCAACGCUCUGCAGAAUGUCAUUAAGAGAAAGAACAUUGGCCUUACUGAGCUUGUUCAGAUUAUCAUCAACACAACACACUUGGAGAAGUCCUGUAAAUACUUGGAGGAAUUCAUCACCAAUAUCACUAAUGUUCUUCCAGAGACGGUUCACACCACCAAACUCUAUGGUACCACAACUUUCAAGGAUGCUAGACAUGCGGCUGAAGAAGAGAUAUAUACAAAUUUAAAUCAGAAGAUUGACCAGUUUCUGCAGCUGGCUGACUACGACUGGAUGGCUGGAGAGUUAGAAAGCAAAGCUAGUGAUUACCUAGUUGACCUCAUUGCCUUCCUCCGGAGCACAUUUGCUGUGUUCACACACCUUCCUGGAAAGGUAGCCCAGACAGCUUGUAUGUCAGCUUGCAAGCAUUUAGCCACAUCCUUGAUGCAACUGUUGCUGGAAGCAGAAGUAAGGCAGCUCACUUUGGGAGCAUUACAGCAGUUCAACCUGGAUGUCAGAGAAUGUGAACAGUUUGCCAGAUCCGGCCCGGUGCCUGGGUUCCAGGAGGACACGCUGCAGUUGGCCUUCAUCGACUUGAGACAACUAUUGGACCUCUUCAUUCAGUGGGAUUGGUCCACAUACCUUGCUGACUAUGGACAACCCAACUGCAAGUAUCUCCGAGUGAACCCUGUGACUGCUCUGACCCUGCUUGAGAAGAUGAAAGAUACUAGCCGCAAGAAUAACAUGUUUGCACAGUUCCGGAAAAAUGAACGAGACAAGCAGAAAUUGAUUGACACUGUGGCCAAGCAGCUCCGAGGACUCAUCAGCAGCCACCACUCCUGAAUGUUGGCCUUGGGCCCACAGAGACCAUUUGCCAUAGCCCAUGGUCCAGGAUCUCCCCUGGGCCAGCCCUGCAUUUGUGCAUUCUUCCUCAAAGAGAGCAUAUGUAUUUUUUUAUUAACCCCUGUACAGUAUUCAUAUAACCUUUCCCUAUAGUAAGAGAGGCACAAGAAUAAUCAAGAACAUGAGGGUCAUAGUGGGGGGGGGGGCUGCCAUACUUUCUGUGUUAUCCUGGGAAGGAUACACUGUCAGUGCUAAUAUGAUGAGCUUCCUCUUAUCCAGGGCUCCACAAAUUCGGUGGGUACCUGUGCUGGGAGUUGAGAUGAGGAAGUAAAAUAUGUAUCCUGUUUGCUCUCAAGUGCUCACUUAAGUGCAUAGGAGAGCCUAGCAGACAUAGCUAUGUAGUAUACCAAAGCCAGCCUCAGUUUAGGAUAUUCAUCUGCCUUGUUGGCUUACUUAAUGGCCAUAAGAGUGAGGUGUGUGGCAAGAUGACACUUUCACUCUGGUGCCAUAGGUGGCAGUUUCACUAGUGGAGUCUAACCAGACCUUGUGGCUGGAGAGGGGUAGUUAGCAGAGUUGUACACUUGGGCCCAUGCUGAAAAGCAAGUUGCCUCACUGGGUGAAUUGUUUUUUCUGUAUCUUGAAAGCCAAUUUGGGUCCCCAAGGAACCCAGCUUCUUUUCCAUUCAUCUCUGUCCCUUCUUUCAUGACCAUAACACUUGGCUCAUAAUAUAGAUCAGCAGUGGCUUUUGAAGGUUCCUGAGGAGAGUCUCAUGCUUGCCUUCUGCGGCAGCAUCUACGUGGUCUGAACCCCCAAAGCCUGAAAAAAGCCUGGGUGCUUUCACCUUGAGGAAAGCCUGAUAACUUCUUGAGAUUGUUCACUUACAUUUUAACAACAGCCUUCUGGCUACCACCUUUAAAGCAAAUGUCCUAAGCCCUACACAAUGGGCACAGCCUCCCCAGGACUGGAUGUUUCUGGGCAUGGAUCUGUCACCAUGAGGUAGACAAGGUCAGCUGCAGCUGAGGUUUGUUGCCUCUGGCCCAGCUGUCAUCAACUAAGUCACAUCAUAGAGACAAAGCUCAUCUUGCCCAAGCCCAGGGCUCCCAUCUUCUGAGCUGUACCUUGGCCUCACCUCAUAGUGCUUUCCUGAAAUCCUAUCUUUAAUCUCUGGAGCCUGGACCAGCCAGAUAGACUAUUGAGACAUGGCCAGGGCUUUCCUGUGCCAUUCGUCAGAGGUGUCUGCGCACUCAGACAGUUGUGGAAGCUGUUAGGCUAACUGCUCGUAAGAGUAAUUGCAUCAUAGAACACUAUCCAAGAUGCCACAAAAGUAAUGAGGAGAAAGACUGGUCAAACUCUCAUUGCCUUUGUCACCUACUGUGUGCUUCUGGGAAAGCAGUGCUUCUGUAUCUCCCAGCCCACUGUAGCCUACCCCAUCUUGAACACACCCCACCCUUACCAUAGCCAUCUUAAAUAUCAACAGAAAGAGACCACUGUACAGAGGUACAGCUUCCUAUAAUGAAAGAUCAAGCCACUCAGAUGCUCUGCAGGUGCCUGCAAGCCUCAUCAAUGGGCUACACAAUGGUGCAGAGGUUCAGAAGGAGAGUCUCAUAAGAACACCCAAAACUUGGUUAGCCAAGGGAAGCAGAGGCCUGUGGGAAAGAAGACAAAGUGGUGUCUCCAAGCCCUGGAUAGAUGAAAAGGCCGAGAAUUGAUUCCACUAACCUGAAGUCCUGCUGACUGAGAAGGAAGGAACGACCCUUUACCAGUGCUCGUCAGCCUUCAGUGUAGAGAGACUGCUGGCCUGUCACAGCUUUUGUCCUUCUAGACACCAUCUUGCUGCUUGUCUAGUCUCCACCUCUGCUCCAGAGGAACUGUCACAGAAUGAAUGAAAACAGGUGGAGGAGCAGGACCACUCUGCCUUUCACAGCAGAGUCCUGCUGAUGGGAAUUUCAUCCAAUCUCAGGGUGUGUGAGCAUGGCCACAUGGCCUUUCUUCUCCUGCCUCUGCAUCUUCCUUCACUGUUCCCUAACAAAAAGCAGCAUGCUACUUCUGACCUGUGAAAGCCAGAGGCCUUCGAUGUCAAGGUGAUUAUGAAUUGAUGAAGUAGAACUUUUUUUUUUCAUUUUAUCCAUAAGGCCUAAAGCUGAGCUGUCCCUGAGGACUUGAACACAGUGUGCAUGCCUGUAGGCCUCAGACACUGUGGCCUUAUCUCAGAUGCCUGCAGGCACACAUGUCCUGAAGAGUCUCAGGUGUGCUAAGACACUGCUGCCUGGAGGUCUGGCCUUCCAACCAGAUCCAUACCCGUGAAGACAGUCUGGUUUGUGAACCAUGGUUAGGCAGAGGCUCACUUACUUUUGCCAUUCAUGGGGGAAAAAAAAAACCUUUUAGUACUAGAUGAGCCUGGUGUGGGUUGAGAAGAACAGGGCCUGCACAUGGGAACCCACAGAGUCACUGUUAGUAAAAGGAGUGUCUCCCAGUGACUGUCAUAUACCGGGUCCAACAGCAUCUAGCUCAGCAGGUCCCAGGCCCAGGGUGCAUGCUUGGUUGGCUUCACCAGGUCUCCUCCACACUGCUUUUGCUGUACCUGCCUCCUUCUAACAUCCCUCCCCUUCCUUUAUUCACCUGCCCUUCAGCCAUUCCUCACUGACGUGUUGGAAAUAGCCUUUUCCUUUUGCACAGUUCCACAUUUGUGGGAAAAAUGCAGUGAGAUCCAUCUGUACUUCUAAAGGAAUCUUUUCCUCUCGUGCUAACCAGGAAAGUAGCUCUGCUGCAGGCGACUGCAUAAGGGGGGCUCCUCUAUGGAAAGAGCAUGUGUGUCCCAUUGCCCUGUAUACCUUCUUCUUUUAACUGGCAUUAAAUAUGAGAAUCUACAUA